CUAGGGAAGAGUUUUCCCGCCCAAAUCCUUACUCGGCGAAGCGGAUCAAAGGGAACGGCGAUCCAUCUGCCUGGCCAGGUCUCCUUCUAUUAUAUACAUCCGCCGCCUCUCAGCAGGUGAGCUUACUGACUGAUCCAUCUUGGUUUUCGAGAUCGAAGCUUUGCCCAAACGAGGAAGAUGGCAAGGUCAUGGCUUAUCACUUGUAGGGGAAUUGCAAAGAAAGUAAAGAAUGGUGGAUAUUUCCUUGACAAUCAAGGCAAUGAUUUAGCGGUAGUAGCUAACAGGGAAUGUCCUAACUGCCACCACCUAAUUGACAACAGUGAUGUUACAUUGGAUUGGCCUGGACUUCCUGCUGGCGUUAAGUUUGAUCCUUCUGAUGUUGAGCUGCUGGAACAUCUUGCUGGAAAGGUUGGUGCAGGAAAUAAAAAGCCUCACAUUCUUAUUGAUGAGUUUAUUCCAAUGCUGGAGGAAAAAGAAGGAAUUUGCUAUACUCAUCCUGAAAAUCUCCCUGGUGUCAAGCAAGAUGGAAGCAGUAUUCAUUUUUUUCACAGAAUAUCAAACGCGUAUGGUUCAGGUCAGCGCAAGCACCGCAAGAUAAACCAAUGUUCCUUAACUGAGGAACGUAUAAGAUGGCAUAAAACAGGUAAAACUAAACGUGUGCUGGAGAAUGGAGUUCUGAAAGGUUGGAAGAAAAUAAUGGUCCUCUAUAAAAGUUCAUUAGGAAGUUGCAAACCAGACAGAGUUAAUUGGGUGAUGCAUCAGUAUCAUCUCGGUCCUGAAGAAGAUGAAAAGGAAGGGGAGUUAGUGGUCUCAAAAGUCUUCUAUCAACAAUCAACUAAUCAACUUGAUAAGAGUGAUAUGGAACUUUUGACUGAGGAAGGUAACGUCUUCACUGUCAAAGGUGGUCCAAAAACUCCCAAAACGAAUACACCACAGCCACCACGCCUAAAAAAUGAUUCUCCUCAUGAGAACUCUGGGCAGAAUCUGCCAUCCCUGCUGGUCCAGGAAAAUCCAAUAAAUGUGGUCCCUGAUUCACCCUUACAUCUCAGUCAGCUGGAGGGCAAAGUUGGAACAUCUGCAUGGUGGGCAGAUGAAUCUCAAGCUGCUGACUUAAGCAAUGUGCACGAAUCACUGCUGUGCCACGAGAUCUUUGACCCUUUUCCUCAUUUUGAGGACUCAUCUUUAUAUUUUAACUGCACAAACAUGGACAGCAGCAAGAAUGAAACAGUUGCUGGCACCAGUGGCAUAGCUUGUGGAAUUGCAGAUCUGGACAGCAUCAUAAUGGACACACCACCAGACUUUCAGCUUUCUGAAUUGCAGUUUGGUUCACAAGAAAGCAUAAUGAGUUGGCUCGAUCGUUUCUAGAUUGAAUAAACAAAUCUCUCCACGGAUGCUCUUGUUGAAUUGCUGCAUGCAAUCCAAGGUUUAUUUUGUUUCGAAUUGUAAAUAUAACAAAUGAAGGCACAGAUUGCUCGAGUGUGAUAUCCACUUCCUCUGUACCUGUAGUCUUAAAGCAAGCUUGUGUGAGAUGAAGGUAGCGUUUUGAAUGCAAACACUCCUUGAGUUGCAAAGUUUUGUUGAGAGGAGCUGCACAACUGUUUUCACAAUUUGCGUUGUCUCAGAUAAACUAUGUUUGUAGGUAAAUAUAAUUCCUCAGUAUAAAAUUUUAAAAUUUA